CCGCCCCGUUUACGACGAGCCCAGGGCGGGACGAAGGAAGGAAGCGAGCGAGCAAGCAAGCAAGCGGGUGCGCGGCAGGGACGCCGCCGGCCGUGUGAAGGGCGCAGGAACAUGCUCGCAGCCGCGCGCCGCCAUGUGGUCUGCGCCGUGUCUGGCGGGGUGGACAGCGCCGUCGCCGCCCUUCUGCUCCGGCAGAGAGGAUAUAAAGUGACUGGGGUUUUUAUGAAGAACUGGGACAUUGUGGAUGAAAUAGGAGUUUGCUCUUCCGACAGAGACUGUGAAGAUGCUCACAGGGUCUGUCAGAUACUCGGCAUUCCAUUUCAUCAGGUUUCCUUUGUAAAAGAAUAUUGGAAUGAUGUGUUCAGCUAUCUUUUAAAUGAAUAUGAAUUGGGAAGAACUCCUAAUCCUGAUGUUAUAUGUAAUAAGCACAUCAAAUUCAGUUAUUUCCUACACCAUGCAGUGGAUCAACUAGGAGCAGAUGCUAUUGCAACUGGACAUUAUGCUAGGACUUCCCUGGAGGAUAAUGAAGUGUUCCAGCAGAAAUAUAUACAGAAACCACAAGGACUCUUCAGAAAUAGGUUUGAAGUAAGAAAUACUGUAAAGCUUCUUCGGGCAGCUGAUCGCAUAAAGGACCAGACGCUAUUUCUCAGUCAGAUUUCACAAGAAGCCUUGCGGAGAACAAUUUUCCCUCUAGGAGAUUUAACGAAAGAUUUUGUAAAGAAGAUUGCCGCAGAACAUCACCUUCACCAUGUUGUACAGAGAAAAGAGAGCAUGGGGAUCUGUUUCAUCGGUAAAAGGAACUUUGAAAAGUUCAUUCUUGAGUAUUUAGAGCCACGUCCAGGCAAUUUUGUUUCUAUUGAAGACGGCAAGGUUCUUGGAAGGCACAAGGGCUUCUUUUUGUAUACAUUUGGCCAGGGAGCCAAGAUAGGAGGCCUCAAAGAUGCUUGGUUUGUUGUAGAUAAAAAUAUUGCCUCUGGGGAUGUCUUUGUGGCUCCUUCCAGAGACCACCCAGCACUGUAUAGAGAUGUCUUGCGGACAAAUAGAGUGCACUGGAUUGCAGAUGAACCGCCCGCUGAGCUGAUUCGGGACAAAAUGAUGGAGUGUUAUUUCCGCUUCCAGAGCCAGAUGGCGUUAGUGCCCUGCACAUUAACAUUAAAUCAAGAUGGGACAGUAUGGGUGACAUUGGUCAAACCAUUAAGGGCUCUUAUGCCAGGCCAGUUUGCCGUUUUCUACAAGGGUGACGAAUGCCUGGGCAGUGGGAAGAUUUUGCGUUUGGGCCCAUCAGUGUACACUUUGCAACAGGGCAACCCUGGAGAAAAGAGGGUUAGAGAGUUGCCAGCUGAUGAGAUCAAGAUUGAACCACUCACGUGAUUGUUUGCUUUCUUAACCAAAGUCUGGCUCAAAGACUUCACAUUAAAAUCCAAAUGGUCUUACAGGCAAGAGAAGACAAAAUGAUGUAAAUCUGGGCAGACUUGCUUGGGACAUUUUCAUACUGUAAAUUAAGAUGGUUCUCUAGAAGUCUGUUUUUAAAAUAUGAAAAUAUUUUUGAUACAGUGGA